GGGUGGGUGACCCGAGAAGCACAUGUUACUGCAUCGAGUCGAGUACAAGCGAUAGAUAUCUUUAUCAAGCUCAAGGAAAUGGCUUUUCGAAAGCGCUUAGGCUACAACUGGAAAGCACGAAAAAAUCCUGUUAAGAAAGCGAGCCAAGAAAUUGUACCCAAAGUUGAGCUAGAUGAUCAGACUGGAAGUCACCCGGAUGACACCAAUUCACUGGUACUGCCGUCUAGGAAGAGGGUCAGCUCAGGUGCAGACGAAGAAUGUAUUCCCAAAAGAAAAAAGUUGAGCUCCAAGCACAGGAAACGUCUACAGAAGAUCGUAGAGAGCAGGGAAAAGAAAGCGAAGAGAGCUGUUCUAUUGGAUAGUCUAUCUACGCUGGCCCUCCCCGACUCAUAUAUGACUUUCUUCCACUCGUCCACCAGUAUCGGCCAAUCAAGAAAGACAAAUAAGCAACUACGCUCAACCCACCCCCUUCCAGACACGCCCACUCCAUACAGCGAGCCCGUUAGUCAUCGGCGAAAAAACCAACGCAAACGAAGGAAAGUUCGAGAGGAGAAGGUACAGCUCAAUCCUCGCCCUCCUGCAGUACAAGUUGAAGAGGUUAAUGGUGAUGUGGUUAAUGAGGAUGUGGACACUGACGAAUACUGUAGCGACUCAAGCCUUGAAGAUAGUCAGAGUGAGUCUGAGGAGGCAGUAAAGAACAAAUGUGAAGAAGCCAGCAUCAUUUUGGAGAAUGGCCUUAUUGAAUCGUCACCACCUAAACAUGUAGACUCUACCAAAGAACUGAUAAAACAGUGUGCACAGGAUGAUCCAGAACAGACUAGAUGUGAAGAGGCUAUAAAGACAGAGAAGAGGCCGGCUGUGUUCAUUGGGCUGGAAAGAGAUCCAGAUGUCCAGAUGGCACGGCUCUCUCUCCCCAUUCUCGGCGAGGAGCAGAUUGUAAUGGAGGCCAUCUCCCAGCAUCCUGUAGUGGUCCUGUGUGGAGAGACAGGAAGUGGCAAGACCACUCAAGUACCACAGUUCCUGUAUGAAGCUGGCUACACCUGCAAAAUGGGUGGAACAUCUCUCAUAGGGAUCACCGAACCCAGAAGAGUGGCGGCCGUCAGUAUGUCCAAGCGGGUUGCCAUGGAGAUGGGUCUAUCUACCAGUGUGGUGUCCUAUCAAAUUCGUUACGAAGGCAAUACAACAGAUCAAACUAGAAUCAAAUUCAUGACAGAUGGAGUGCUGUUGAAGGAAAUUGAAAGGGAUUUUCUUUUGAGCCGCUAUUCCGUGAUAGUGAUUGAUGAAGCUCAUGAGAGAAGUGUCUUCACUGAUAUUCUGAUUGGCCUGCUGUCUCGUAUAGUUCCCCUCAGGCAAAAGAAGGGAAACCCCCUGAAAUUUGUAAUAAUGUCUGCCACGCUGAGAGUAGAGGAUUUCACAACAAACCCUCAUCUCUUCUCAACCCCUCCUCCCGUCAUCUCUAUAGAGUCUCGGCAAUAUCCUGUCACUGUACACUUUAAUAAACGGACUCCUACAGACUACCAGGCUGAAGCGUAUCGCAAGGUCUGCAAGAUCCACCGUACGCUUAAAACUGGCAAUAUUCUCGUGUUUGUUACGGGGCAAAGAGAAGUACACACACUAUGUCGGAAGCUACGGCAGACGUUUGGUGGAGUGGGUGAGGUUUGUGAGGACGAUGACGACGGCAGUAUGCCGGUAGAGGGUGUGAUGGUUGUGAGAAGAGAGGGGAGGAGUUACAGAGACAUGGCUACACGUAGGAGAGAGAUUGACCUUAAUAAUUAUCCUAUUUUGCCCCUGGCUCUUGAGGAAGUUGUGGGUGUGGCCAACAGUGACGAGUGUUAUAGUGGUGACGAGUGGAGCAGUGAGGGGAGUGAUGAUGAAGGAUCAUGUGAUCCGUCACAUGACUCUCAACUACCAUUGUUGGUACUACCGCUCUAUUCACUUCUAGCCCCUCAGCAACAAGCAAAGGUGUUUCAAACUCCCCCAGAGGGGGUUCGACUGUGUGUGGUGGCCACUAACGUAGCUGAGACCUCCCUCACCAUCCCGGGGGUCAAGUACGUCGUUGACACUGGCUUCGUUAAGAUGAGAUACUAUGACAAAGUGACAGGCGUGUCCACGUUCAAGGUGGGCUGGACAUCCAAGGCUUCAGCCAAUCAGAGAGCAGGACGGGCUGGUAGAACGGAACCAGGACACUGUUACAGGUUGUACUCUUCUGCGGUGUUUCACAAUGAAUUUACUGAGUUCUCUUGUCCUGAGAUGACCCGGAGACCAGUGGACGACCUCGUUCUACAAAUGAAGGCUCUGGGAAUCGCCAAAGUUACCAAUUUCCCCUUUCCCACUCCGCCAGCUGCAAAGACCAUCACUGCUGCUGAGGAUCUGCUGUUGAAACUCGGUGCACUUGACUCUCCAUCUCCCCUCAUGAAUGAGCCGCCCUCCAUCAAUCCCCUCGGCCGAAUCAUGUCCCAUUUCCCUCUUGCUCCUCGCUAUGCUAAAAUGUUGGCCCUCGGUGGUCAAGGCGACUGUAUUCAAUAUGUCAUUGCUUUGGUAGCAGCUCUAAGUGUGAGGGAGGUGUUUGCCGAGGGUGGUCUCCAUGACGAUGAACAGGAGGACGAGAAAAGGAAGAAGAGACAGGAUAGAGUGUACAGUAUUAGAAGAAGCUGGGCUGGACAUGGUGAAUGCCAGCUGCUGGGAGAUCUGAUGGUCCUCUUACGCGGUGUGGGAGCCAGUGAGUUUGCUGGAUGCACUCCGAGUGUGUGUGAGAGUCACGGCCUUCGUCACAAAGCCAUGCUGGAGGUCAGGAAACUGAGACAGCAGCUCACCAACACUGUCAAUGCCGUGUGUCCUAGCAACAGGGUGUACCUUGACCCCAAGUUGGCCCCACCCACUCAAGAGCAGGCACGGUGUCUAAGACAGAUCAUGCUGACAGGGCUGGGAGACCACGUAGCCAGGAAGAUACCCACUCACUCUCUCGACUCUGAGGACAAGAAGAGGCUCCGCCAUGCUUAUCAGAGCACCCUCUGCUUGGACCUGGUGUUUCUCCAUCACUCAUCGUCCCUCUACCACACCCAACCAGAGGUGGUGGUCUUCCAGGAGAUUGUGGAGGCAAAGGCUCUGUACAUGAGGACAGUGUCGGCCGUAGAGGAGGCGUGGCUUCCCAGAAUAGUCCCUCAGUACUGCACCUUCUCACCCCCACUCGACACACCUCCUCCGUCAUAUGAUCCAGACACUGGAACUGUUAGAUGUCACAUGACUUGCACGUAUGGGGAUCUGAGUUGGCCCCUGUCAGCACAAGAGCUACCUUAUCCUGAUGGCGUGGACAAGUACAAACUGUUUGCCCAAUUCUUACUACAGGGGAAGGUGAUUCCCAUACUAGGGGAGUUCACCCCGCACCUCCUGGUCUCACCUGUUGCCAUGGUGAGAAAGUGGUCAAAGAUCCACAAGCAGUGUGAGACUCUGUUGAAUGCGUUGCUAAGCCUCAAAGUGUGUUCUAGAGAUGCUCUUAUGGAUGCAUGGACAACCCAGCCAAAGUAUUUGCUGAAAGCGUAUUCACUGUGGCUACCGGAAUCAAAGCACAAGAAACUAUCUCAAAUGUGGCCCCCAAAGACAGCAGAAACUGGCUCUACAUGAACUAAUUAAAUCUUCUUUGUCAUGCA